AUGGCCGAGACACAGAAGAAGUCAAAGCCCAAGCGGGCAAAGUCCGGCAAAGAUGCCGCUUGUCCUGUCAUAACUGAUCCGCGAUUCGCCAACAUCCAAUCCGAUCCCCGAUACCGGCUCCCGAGCAAGAGACACACCCAUGUUAAACUCGAUAAACGAUUUGCGCACAUGCUGCGCGAUGACGACUUUUCAAGAACAGCAGCUGUUGACCGGUAUGGGAGGAAACUGCGGAGAGAUGAUACGAAGAAACAGCUGGAGAGGUUUUACAGGCUUGACGAAGAAGAUGAGGACGAAAAACUUGGGGAUGAUGAUAGCAUGGAUGUGGAGGAUGAUGAAGUUGUGCAAAACGAAUUGCGCAAGGCGGAUAAACGGAAGUACGAUCCCGCCAGAGACGGGGGAUUUUCUGAGUCUUCAUCGGACGAGAGUUCAAGUGAGGACGAGGAGGAAGGUGUUGAGGAUGAAGUGGAGGAAAUACAGUAUCCCAAUCAGCAGCAGGGUGAUGUGCCCCUUGGUGAUAUCAGCCGGCGAAUCGCAGUUGUCAACCUGGAUUGGGAUAAUAUCCGUGCGGAAGAUUUGAUGGUUGUGUUCUCCAGCUUUUUACCUCCUGGAGGAAGUAUACAUAAAGUGUCUGUUUAUCCCAGCGAAUUUGGGCGGGAGAGAAUGGAGAGGGAGGAAAUGGAAGGACCCCCUAAAGAGAUAUUUGCGAAGAAGAGGGAUGAAGAGAGUGACGUGGAAGACAGCGAAUCGGGGGGUGAUGAGGUAGAUGAGGAGGAGGAAGAGGAGAAAAUCAAGCAGUCUAUCAUCAAGGAAGAUCAGGGCGACGAGUUUGAUUCUACCCAUCUUCGAAAAUACCAGCUCGAGAGGCUCCGUUACUAUUACGCUAUUCUGACCUGCUCCUCUGAGGAGGCUGCGAAACAUAUCUACGAUGCUGUGGACGGAACUGAGUACAUGAGCAGUGCGAACUUUUUUGACCUUAGAUUUGUCCCUGAUGAAAUCGAUUUUUCACAAGAUAUACCUAGGGACGAGUGUGAAGGGAUACCUGAUGGAUACAAGCCUAACGAUUUCGUGACGGACGCCUUGCAACAUAGUAAGGUUAAGCUCACUUGGGAUGCGGAUCACACGGGUCGGAAAGAAGCACAGGCAAGAGCGUUUAAAGGCGGCAGGAAAGAGAUUGAUGAGAAUGAUCUCAAAGCAUAUUUGGGCAGUGAUAGCUCUGAUGAUGAGGAUGAAGAGGAUGGGGGAGUUGAGGUUGUUGAUUCUACAAUAAGGGAUGGCGCCUCCGCGGCCGCAGCCCCAAUUAAACUAAGCAAGAAAGAGGCUGCCCGAGAGAAGGUGCGCGCUCUACUUGGACUUAGUAAGGAAAAGCCCGCGAGUGAAUAUAAGAGCAAAGGACCAGUUGGAGAUAUGGAAAUCACAUUUUCAGCGGGACUAUCUGCAGGGGCGUCUCGUGGAAGUGUGUUUGAGAAUGAGCCAGAGAAGGAUGAGACGACAGCAGAAAAAUAUAUACGGAAAGAAAGGGAACGCAAAGCGAGGCGGAAGGCAAGAAUGAAGGCAGCUAGAAAUGGCGAGCCUCUACCAACAGAGGGUGAGGAUGGCGAAAAUAAAGGCCCUGAAGCCUCAAAUGAUGGAAAGGAGGACUUGGGCUUCGAUGAUCCGUUCUUUACUGCUCCUGAAUUGGAUGCAGCUGCGGCUGCGGCACAGCGCAAGGAGGAAAGACGAAAGAAACGCGAGGAGCGAGACGCAGAUGAAGCUGCUGCGGCUUCAAAGCGCGCUGAGCUUGAACUACUUAUGAUUGACGACAAGGCUUCACAUAUUAAACACUUCGAUAUGAAGGAGAUCGAGAAGGCGGAGAAAAGAGCUCGAAAAGCAGGGAAACUUAAAAGAAUGAAGGGAGGUCAAGCUGCUGAACUUCCAGUGGAUGACUUCAAGGUGGACGUCAAGGAUGAGCGAUUCCAACGACUCUGGGAGAACCAUGAGUUUGCGAUUGACCCUUCCAAUCCGCGGUUCAAGGCAACGGAGGCCAUGAAGGCGUUGUUGGAAGAAGGACGGAAAAGGCGGCGGAAUAAAGAUGAUGGCGUCGUGGAUCGAGAGAUACCUGAGCCUGGGAUGAAGAAGAGGAAAGGAUCCGGCCCUGGUGCAGUUCCGAGUGUAGCUGAGGCUGAUGAUUUGAAAAAGUUGGUGGAACGGGUGAAGAGUAGAUGCCCGUGUUUACGCAACAUGCUUUCAGAUCUUCAAGGAUCAAAUUUGAGAACCCAGCACGUCCGCAUCACGUUGAAGGCGGUGCAUGCGCGCUCCGUGAGUAAUGGAGGACCGUUAACACGUAUUUGGACCUGGUGGACAGUGGUGGAUGCGGCGGAGGAGAAAGCUAUGCUCAAGCUUCCAGCCACGAAGAACCAUGCCUCCGCUUGCUUGUUUGAUAAACAAGAAGAAAAAAAAACUUGGAAGAACAUCUACUGCGUUCGCCCUGAGGCUUUCAAGCUGCCGUCCUACAUCUUAGGUCGCCUGAAAUCCACGAUUCAGCUCCUUCAAAACCUACAGAGCUGUGCAUCCGAAAUCCACAAAAGCCAACUUCACACUGCCCGCAAAAUACUCCUCAUCCUACACCAACGAAACCAAGCUAUGCGGCUCAAUCAACUGCUUGCCCUUUCCUCCUUUCUUAUUCCGGCUCUCGCCAUCGGAAGGGAAUGUUGCUGUGAUCGGUACUCGCAAUUUGCUCUCGAAAACGAGGCCAAAAUAGUCGCCCAGUGCAAAACAACCUGGUCCGCAGUCAAGAAUGGCGCAUCUGGCGAGGACUACUGUAACAGCGUCUUUUGCAUUCAGCAACAAUCCUGGAUCAAGCCCUGGCUUGCUGGCAAGUGCACUCUUGCAGGUUAUCAAUGUGGUGACUGCGCAAAUGGAAAUGUUGGCUGCCUUGGAUAG